AUGAGCCUGCCCUGGGCUGAGCGCGCCCGAGACCCGCCCGAGCCGCCGCCGGGACCGGGACCGGGGCCCGGGCCGGAGCCGGGCGGGUGCGGCGGCUUCGCGCCGGGCUCGUGGCUCGGCGUGUGCUGCGCCGCCCGCCUGCCCGCCGCCGCCUCGCCGCGCUACCUGCUGCCCGCGGAGGACGAGGAGGCGGCGGCGGCGGAGGGCGGCGCGGCGCGGGCCAGCGGGGGCAGCCCCGGCGGGGCGCGGGGCGGCGGGCGGCCGCGGGGCGGCGGCGGCGGCGGCGGUGGUGGUGCCGGGCUGCGGGCGCAGGUGAGCGGCGUGCAGAAGCAGCGGCGGCUGGCGGCCAACGCGCGGGAGCGGCGGAGGAUGCACGGGCUGAACCACGCCUUCGACCAGCUGCGCAAUGUCAUCCCCUCCUUCAACAACGACAAGAAGCUCUCCAAGUACGAGACGCUGCAGAUGGCGCAGAUCUACAUCAGCGCCCUGGCCGAGCUGCUGCACGGCCCCGCCGCCCCUCCCGACGGCCCCGGCAAGGCCGAGCACCGCGGGGCCCCCUUCGAGCCUCCUUGCGCCGCCGCCGGGGCCGGAGCGCCACCGGGGCCGCCGGCGCCGCCGCCGGGGCCGCCCAGAGCGUCGCCCCCCGGGCACGGCAGGACUCGCUUCCCCCCGCCGCCGGCCGCGGGGGGCUACUCGGUGCAGCUCGACCCGCUGCACUUCUCCUCCUUUGCGGAGGGCGCCCUGAUGGGACAGAGAGCCCCUUCCCCCGCCCUCCUCUUGCCGCAGCCCGGGCAGCCGCCGCAGGAGAGGAGCAAAACUUCGCCCCGGUCCCACAGGAGCGACGGGGAGUUCUCGCCCCGCUCCCACUACAGCGACUCGGACGAGGCCAGCUAA